GGCUGGUUAUGUUUAAAUGACAUUGAACAUAAAAAUAUGUUUGAUACUCUUGCUUCUAGACAAUAAUUGUAAAGGUAUCAGAGUGUUUGAUUCCCUAAAGAGAAGAGGAGGUUCAAUUUCAAGCAUUAGGUCCUUCACGCCUUGCUUAGAGACGCUUUUACCAAAAAUGUUGGAGAGGUUGGGCGAUUAUGACAAGCAGCCGCAAGCAGAUAUUGGAAAACACAAAAUUCUUGAUGGUGUGGCCCGGUUCAUGAAUGGCCACAACAAGAUGAUGGGGAACAAUUGUGGUAUGUUUGUCAUAGAACUUGCUGCAUUUCUAAUGAUGGAUAAAGAUCUGAGUGAAGUUUUGAAGCAAAACAUGGAUAAGUACCGACCGAAAAUGCCGACAGAGCUAUUGAUAUAUGGUUGUAUGCAUCACGAAGACAGUAGUUGGACCAAGAUGUUUUGUAUAGUUUUUUAGAAAGGAAAAAGCUUGUAAAACUUCCUUCUUAUAAUCAAUAAGUCUUGUUCUUAAAUAUUGAUGGCAAUUGGUUUCAAAAUAUGGCUAUGUAAUCUAUCUCCUUUUUGGUGUCAUAUGAAAUUAUUAUUCACUUUUUUGAGUUAUAA